AUUAAUUGAAUGUUAGUAUUGAUUGAGUCCUUGAAUUGAAUACAAGUUAUGAUAAAAUAGAUUACAAUUAGAGAUAACAAAAACUCGUCGACAGAUAGUUGUCGUCAAACGCUAUAACUAUUGACUGAUUUGUGUUUUUGGCUCUCAUUUCGCAGCAAAUGGUCUCCCAUUUGAGGACAACUUCUUGUGGUAAUCAUAAUAUCAGUGAAUUGAUGGACGAGUCGUCGGUCAUCGAAAUGAGUCAAAACCGAUACGAAUCACCGCUUUCUACGAGAUAUGCGUCCGAAGAGAUGAACUUCAACUUCAGUGACUUCAAGAAGUUCUCGAUGUGGAGGAAGUUAUGGGUGAUUCUGGCGAAGGCGCAGAAGGAGUUGGGCAUCGAAAUCACUGACCAACAGAUCCGCGAAAUGGAGCAGAACUGCGAGAACAUUGACUUCGAGUUCGUGGCCGAAGAGGAGAAGAAGACGCGCCACGACGUGAUGGCACAUCUCAAUGAGUUCGCAUCCAAGUGCCCGACGGCCGCGAAGAUCAUCCACUUGGGGGCCACCAGUUGUUUCGUUGGCGACAAUACGGACCUCAUUCUCAUGAAAGACGCGUUUAAUAUCAUUCUUCCGAAGCUGUGUCGAUGUGUGGAGCGAUUGAAACGGUUUGCCCAACAGUACAACUAUUUGCCGACUCUAGGCUUCACUCACUUCCAACCCGCGAGUAUGACUACUGUCGGCAAAAGAGCCACUCUUUGGAUCUAUGAUCUGUUGAUCGCAUUGAGGAAUAUGGAGAAAGCGAGAGACAAUCUGGCCUUCAGAGGGUGUAAGGGAACCACUGGAACUCAGGCCUCAUUCAUGCAGAUAUUCAAUGGCGACGAGAAUAGAGUGAAACAAUUGGAUCAAUUGGUGACUCAAAUGGCCGGCUUUCAAAAGGCAUAUCCAGUCACUGGACAGACGUAUUCACGUCUCGUCGACGCCGAAGUGCUCACGAGUUUGUCUCUAUUGGGCGCUGGAGUUCAUAAACUCUGCACUGAUAUCCGUCUUCUGGCCAACAGAAAAGAGAUUGAAGAGCCCUUCGAGAGCACACAAAUCGGUUCCUCUGCUAUGCCUUACAAACGUAAUCCAAUGCGAAGCGAGCGGUGCUGUUCACUGGCCAGACAUCUCAUGACUUUAGUGUCCGAUGCGCUCAACACGGCUGCAACUCAAUGGCUCGAACGCACUCUCGACGACAGCGCCAAUCGUCGCAUAUCUCUUCCCGAAGCCUUCUUAACGGCCGAUAUUUUGUUAAACACAUUACAAAACGUGACCGAAGGUCUACUCGUAUACCCGGCUAUUAUUAACAAACAUAUUCGAGAGGAAUUGCCGUUUAUGGCCACUGAAAAUAUAAUCGUAGCGAUGGUUAAGUCGGGCGGUAAUCGUCAGGUUUGUCACGAGAAGAUACGAGUGCUCUCACACGAGGCCGCAGAACAGGUCAAAGUGCACGGAAAGAACAACGAUUUGAUCGAUCGCAUCAAAAAUGAGCCCUAUUUUAGACCAACCAGAUCGACCAACAGAAAAGAGAUUGAAGAGCCCUUCGAGAGCACACAAAUCGGUUCCUCUGCUAUGCCUUACAAACGUAAUCCAAUGCGAAGCGAGCGGUGCUGUUCACUGGCCAGACAUCUCAUGACUUUAGUUUCCGAUGCGCUCAACACGGCUGCAACUCAAUGGCUCGAACGCACGCUCGACGACAGCGCCAAUCGUCGCAUAUCUCUUCCCGAAGCCUUCCUAACGGCCGAUAUUUUGUUAAACACAUUACAAAACGUGACCGAAGGUCUACUCGUAUACCCGGCUAUUAUUAACAAACAUAUUCGAGAGGAAUUGCCGUUUAUGGCCACUGAAAAUAUAAUCGUAGCGAUGGUUAAGUCAGGCGGUAAUCGUCAGGUGUGUCACGAGAAGAUACGAGUGCUCUCACACGAGGCCGCAGAACAGGUCAAAGUGCACGGAAAGAACAACGAUUUGAUCGAUCGCAUCAAAAAUGAGCCCUAUUUUAGACCAGUGAGAGACCAGAUCGACGCUCUAAUGGAUCCCAAGACGUUCAUCGGCAGAGCUCCCAAUCAAGUGCUUGAAUUCAUCGAACAGGAGGUGAAUCCAGUAUUAGAGCCGUAUAAGCAGUACCUCGAGGGCACUUCUCAUCUCAAUAUCUAAAUCCGCGCAUUAUUUGACUUGCAUUUCAAAUGUCGCCAAAUA